UGGCUAAUGACUUUACCUUGUAUAAAUUUGCCUACGGACUUUAUCUUGCAUAAAUUUGAAUAGCCGCCGAUCAAGAUUGUGGCUAAGCCGCUGCCGCGGAUGAAAAGUAUUGGCUUCGUUCUCUGGAACGUUGAUGGACACGAGCAUUUAAUUUUAUUUUAUGCACAUCUUAAUUGUUUAUUCACAUCUAAAUCGUUAAGAAAACGCAAAAGAGCUUGUUAAACAAUACAAAAGCUAUUUAAUUUUAUCCGUGAAAAUGAAUCGUAGAAGACAUCACGACGGUGACGAUGACGGCUAUGAGCAUCGUAAUCGUAAGCGCCGUCGGGUUUCCGAAAAUCAAGAGAUUGAAGACCGUCUGGAGUCCUUGAUUUUACGAGUGGGAGAACGCAGUACCUCUUCCGUGGAAUCCAAUUUAGAGGGACUGGUGUCAGUGCUAGAAGCAGAUUUGGGCACAUUUCGUUUGAAAAUCCUUCGAAUCUUAUCGGACUGUGCUGUCAAGAUGCCGGAGAAGUGCACCAUAUACACCACGUUGGUGGGAUUGUUAAAUGCAAAGAAUUAUAAAUUUGGCGGUGAAUUCGUGGACCACAUGGUAAAGACAUUCAAGGAAUCUUUGAAACAAUGCAAGUGGAACAAUGCACGUUACUCACUUAGAUUUUUGGCUGAUCUAGUGAAUUGCCAUGUAAUAUCGGCAUCAUCGUUGCUCCAACUUUUGGACACGAUGAUCGAUGUGUCCAAUGAGGAUCCAGUGCCACAAGUUAGGCGCGAUUGGUACGUUUUUGCUGUCCUAUCCACAUUGCCUUGGGUUGGACGAGAUUUGUAUGAGAAGAAAGAGUCGUCUCUGGAAUCGCUGCUACUUCGCAUUGAGGUUUAUCUAAAUAAGCGUUCAAAGAAACACCACAAUGCUUUACGCGUCUGGUCGGUUGAUGCUCCCCAUCCCCAGGAGGAAUACUUGGAUUGCUUAUGGGCUCAAAUUCGGAAGUUGCGCCAAGACAAUUGGGCCGAAAAGCAUAUUCAACGUCCCUAUUUAGCUUUUGAUUCCAUACUCUGUGAAGCCUUGCAGCAUAAUUUGCCACAGAUUGUGCCGCCACCACAUCAUGAGGCAUAUGAAUAUCCCAUGCCUUGGGUUGUCUAUCGCAUGUUUGAUUACACAGACUGUCCGGAUGGUCCUAAUUUACCUGGUGCUCAUUCCAUUGAAAGAUUUUUAAUUGAGGAACAUCUUCAUCACAUCAUUGAGAUUCACCAUAGAGAGCGCAAGGACUGUGCAGCUCAGUUACUCGCCUUUCCUUACAAAAAUAAAGUUCCACUCGAAUAUUGUAUCGUGGAAGUUAUCUUUGCAGAACUAUUUCAUAUGCCAACGCCACGUUAUCUUGACAUUGUCUAUGGCUCGAUCCUUAUUGAACUGUGCAAAUUGCAUCCGGCCACCUUGCCUCAGGUGCUUGCUCAGGCCACCGAAAUCCUUUUUAUGCGCAUUGACUCCAUGAAUACAUCCUGCUUUGAUAGAUUUGUAAACUGGUUCUCUUAUCAUUUGAGUAAUUUCAAAUUUACUUGGUCUUGGGAGGAAUGGGAUAGCUGCCUUUUGUUGGACAUGGAACAUCCACGUCCGAAGUUUAUACAAGAAGUUUUGCAGAAGUGUUUAAGAUUGUCUUAUCAUCAACGAAUUGUUGAAAUGAUGCCUGAGACAUAUGGCAAACUGUUGCCGGUACAACCGCAACCUAAUUACAAGUAUGCCUCUGAAGAAGCUGCUUCAUUGGCCGGCACCCAAGUGGCCCAUCAAUUGGUUGUGGCCAUACGCCAAAAAUGUACGCCAGAAGAGGUGGUCAACAUCCUAAAAGAAUUGCCAAAUUCGGGAGAAAAUGCCGAUCAGGAAAUGUCUGAGACCUCAUUUAAUCCGUUGAAAAUUGAUGUCUUUGUGCAGACCCUUCUGAAUUUGGGCUCGAAAUCAUUUUCACACAGUUUCGCUGCAAUAUCUAAAUUUCAUUUAGUUUUUAAGGCUUUGGCAGAAUCAGAGGAAGCACAAAUCUGCAUACUCCACAAUGUAUUUGAAUUGUGGCAAAAUCAUCAACAAAUGAUGGUCGUUAUCAUUGACAAAUUGUUGAAAACGCAAAUCGUAGACUGCUCGGCAGUAGCCACUUGGAUUUUCUCCAAAGAAAUGACAGGAGAGUUCACAAAAAUGUAUCUUUGGGAGAUAUUACAUUUGACCAUAAAGAAAAUGAACAAACAUGUUAUCAAAUUAAAUUUUGAAUUGAAUGACGCCAAGGAGAAGCUAUCAAAAGCCGAUUCAUCAUCAAGCGACUCAGAAGAUGAGGCAGCACCCAAACGUAAAAAGCCAGUAACGACAGUCGAUAAACCAACAGAGGAGAUGGUUGAACGAAUGGAGGAAAAACUCGAAGCUGCAAAUGUGGACCAGAAGCGCCUGUUCUUAAUUGUAUUUCAAAGAUUCAUAAUGAUUCUCUCUGAACACUUAGUGCGAUCGGAUACGGAUGGACGAGAUCCUGAUACGGACUGGUACCGUUGGACAAUUGGACGAUUGCAGCAAGUGUUUCUUAUGCACCACGAACAAGUGCAGAAAUACAGCAGCACUUUGGAAACGCUUCUGUUCACCUCUGAUUUGGAUUCACAUAUAUUGGAUGUGUUCCAUCAGUUUGUUGCACUCCGGGCUUAAACUAGAAGAGUAAUAAACAUUCAUGGUCGUCUCAUUAUAGUCUAUUAUAGAAUGACUUUUUGUCUAUUACGUUUCAUUUCAAUAAUAAUAACGAGUUUAUAAUUAUGUUUUCAAAUUGAAAAUAUCAAUUCUAAGAAUAACAAUAUUUGCAAAAUAAAAGAAACAAAGCUCAGCAGAA